AUGGUUACUCUCAAGCUAUUGCUUGCCAUCUCAGCAAUAAAACAAUGGCAUACUUUACAAUUAGAUGUUAAUAAUGCUUUUCUCAAUAAAGAUCUCAAUGAAGAGGUCUACAUGGACUUACCUCAAGGGUUAAAUACUAACACUUUCUCUGAUCAUGCAGGUCCUCAACUACCAUGCAAACUACAUAAAUUGAUUUAUGGUCUUCGCCAAUCAUCAAGGCAGUGGUACAUAAAGUUUUCACAAGAACUUCAACAAACUGGUUUCACACAAUCGCAAGAUGACUACGUGCUAUUCACUCAAGGUUUAGGCACUGACUUCAUUACUCUGCUGGUUUAUGUUGACGACAUUGUCCUUGGAGGACCUAACCUUCACUGCUUGCAACAACUCCAAGACACACUUAACACCAGUUUCAAGCUCAAAACCCUUGGUACAUUAAAGUAUUUCCUUGGCUUCGAAAUAGCAAGAUCCUCCAAAGGGACAUUUCUUUCUCAACACCAAUAUACUUUACAGCUUUUGGAAGACACUGGUUAUCUAGGUAGUAAACCUGUUGCAACUCCAAUGGACCCCAAAAUUAAGCUCAACACUUCAGAUGGGGAACCUUUGCUUGAUCCUUCACAGUAUAGACGUUUAGUAGCUCGACUUUUAUACCUCACACUUUCCAGACCUGAUAUUACUCUUUCUGUCCACUUCCUCAGUCAAUUUUUAGCUAACCCCAAAACACCUCACCUUCAAGCUGCUCAUCAUCUCCUUCGAUACCUCAAAGUUAAGCCCGACCAAGGUCUUCUCUAUCCAACAUCUUCAUCCCUUCACUUACGAGCCUUCUCCAACUCAGAUUGGGCUUCUUGCCCAACUACAAGGCGUUCCACCACUGGUAUCUGUGUCUUUCUUGGUGACUGCCUCAUUUCGUGGCGUUCCAAGAAGCAACCUACCAUCUCUCGUAGUUCAACGGAGGCGGAAUACCAUGCUUUGGCUGCUACUGCUAGUGAGUUAACUUGGAUUCAAUACCUUCUUGCUGACUUUCACCUUCAUCAACAAUCACCAUCAUUCAUUUACUGUGACAACAAGUCGGCCAUUCACAUAGCCAACAAUCCCACAUUUUCAUGA